UUGUUAAUUUCAUACUUUUUCAGGAUUUCAUCACGUAACGAAAUUUCAGCACAGAAGUUUAUAGAAGAAAUUCCUCCAGUGCAAGUCCUUCAACUUGUCCUCAAGCAGUUCACCUUUAAAGAGAUAGGCGAAUUGCGACAAGUUCAUCCGCACUGGGAUGAGCUGUGCGGACAGAAGCUGAACAGUGCAUACUACGAGUUAACCAAGAAAGCGGACAAGCUACUGACCGACUGCCAACGACGUGUACAUUCUGAGCCCCGUCUCCACGACGCUCUCGCAAUCCUGACCAGUGUACAGGUGCAUAUACUCAAUCCUGUAGAUGUACUGCGCGCGGCAAUGGAUGAAGGUUUGUGA